AUGGUAAAGCAGCAGGGUCCUGGAAAAACCAACUUGACCAACGAAGAUGAAGCUUAUGAAGCAAUCUUUGGGGGUGAGUUUGGCUCCUUGGAAAUUGGAUCUUAUAUUGGUGGAAAUGAAGGAGCAAACACUAAGGACUAUACAGAGCAUUUACCAGAUGCUGUAGAUUUUGAAGACGAAGAUGAACUUGCUGAUGAUGAUGAUCUACCAGAAGAAACGGAUUCUAACUUGCAUCCAAGUAUGAUAACUAUGAAUGCGUACGAUGAUAACAACCAAAAUGGUGGCAUAAUGGGUAUUGAUGCAAAUAGUUUGAAUCUACAACUGCCUGAGAUUAAUGAUGGCUUAUCUCAACAGUUCAUCUUGGAGGAUGAAGUGGGUACUCCUGCAACGAGCAAUGCAUUGUUCAUGGGGAUGGACGCAAAUGAAAUACAUCUCGUUACUGAAACAGGCGUUCUCGAUGGCGGUGGUGCAAAUGAAGUCAGGAAUCCACAACUCUCCAUUGGCGACGUUGAAGCAAAUAAUAUGAUAGUCAAUGAUGGGUUUUCCAUUGAAUCAGAGAUAUUAGAUAAUAAACAUAAAAAACCCACCAAACUAGAUUUGAUAAACCACGAAAAGUAUCUUCUAAAGAAAUACUUUCCUGAUUUUGAAAAGGGCAAAACCUUAAAAUGGAACAAAUUAAUUUAUAGAAGAUUGGCACCUUAUCAUUGGCAUAGGGAUGCCUCUAGGUUGAAGAAACCAUUUAUGCCUUUGAAUUUGAAGUUAAAAAUCCAACAGGAUGACAAGAGGCUAUUUAACUCAAGGACAACGUCUUACCUCGCUCCUAUUUAUCAGGGAAAAAAUAACUUACCUCAAGAUAAUCCUUCUGCAUCCCGAAGAGGUUUGAUACAGGUUUCCAUUGAUGAGCUUUUUCCCGUCAGACAGCAACAAAAGAAACGGAAAAUUAUUCACGAUGAGAAGAUAAUAUCUGAAGAUUUAUUAAUUGCUACUGAUGAUUGGGACCAAGAAAAAAUCAUCGAUCAGGAUAGCUCAUCAACAAUAAUAUCAGUAGAGGCGUCCAUAACACCCAACUUGAACGCAUCUAGCGGUUUUAAGUUGAAGAGUUUGGUUGAAGAUGUUGCCGAAGAUUGGCAAUGGGAUGAAGAUAUGAUUAUAGAUGCCAACUUGAAGGAGUCUAAACGUGCUGAAUUAAACAUGAAUGACGAAAAAUUAUUACUGAUGGUCGAGAACACAAAUAGUGUAGUGCAGCAAAAGCAACAACUGGGUAGUGAUAACCUAAUACUUCCUAUUAAUGAAACCAUUAUACAACAUAAAUUCAAUUUAUCUAAUGAUGAUAAAUAUCAGAUUCUGAAAAAAACGCAUCAAACUAAAGUUCGUUCCACCAUAUCGAACUUAAAUAUUCAGCAUUCCCAACCUGCUAUCAAUUUACAAUCUCCAUUUUACAAAGUGGCUGUUCCUAGAUAUCAAUUGAGGCAUUUCCAUCGUGAAAACUUCGGUUCACACAUUAGACCAGGUACCAAAAUUGUCUUCAGUAAACUGAAGGCGCGUAAGAGAAAAAGAGAUAAGGGUAAAGAUGUCAAAGAAUCGUUUUCUACAUCUCAAGAUCUGACUAUUGGUGAUACUGCACCCGUUUAUUUAAUGGAGUAUUCCGAGCAAACACCAGUAGCGCUAUCUAAAUUUGGUAUGGCAAACAAAUUGAUUAACUAUUAUCGUAAAUCCAACGAACAAGAUACCUUAAGGCCCAAACUGCCUGUUGGUGAAACCCAUGUUUUGGGAGUUCAAGAUAAAUCACCCUUUUGGAAUUUUGGGUUUGUUGAACCUGGUCAUAUAGUUCCCACAUUAUACAAUAACAUGGUCAGGGCACCCGUUUUUAAGCAUGAUAUUUCAGGAACAGAUUUCCUUUUAAUAAAAAGCUCAGGAUUUGGUAUAAGCAAUCGAUUUUACUUACGGAACAUCAAUCAUCUUUUCACAGUAGGACAAACUUUUCCCGUCGAGGAGAUUCCUGGACCUAAUUCAAGAAAAGUUACAUCAAUGAAGGCUACAAGGUUAAAAAUGAUUAUUUAUAGAAUCUUGAAUCAUAAUCAUAGCAAAGCGAUUUCUAUUGAUCCUAUUGCAAAGCAUUUUCCCGACCAAGAUUAUGGGCAAAACAGACAAAAAGUAAAGGAAUUUAUGAAAUAUCAAAGGGAUGGCCCCGAGAAAGGUCUGUGGAGGCUUAAAGAUGAUGAAAAAUUGUUAGAUAAUGAGGCAGUAAAAAGCCUAAUUACCCCCGAGCAAAUCAGUCAGGUUGAAUCGAUGAGCCAAGGUUUACAAUUUCAAGAAGAUAACGAAGCAUUUAAUUUUGAUUCUAAGCUAAAAUCCUUGGAAGAAAACCUGCUUCUAUGGAACAUCACAAAAAAUUUCAUAAAUUCUACACAAAUGCGGGCUAUGAUCCAAAUACAUGGUGUGGGUGACCCAACAGGCUGCGGAGAAGGGUUUUCGUUUUUAAAAACGUCAAUGAAAGGUGGGUUUGUUAAAUCUGGUUCACCUCCUGGUAAUAACAAUAGUGCACACAAAAAAGGUACCAGUACACAUAGCUAUAACGUGGCUCAACAGCAAAAGGCCUACGAUGAAGAAAUUGCCAAGACCUGGUAUACGCACACAAAAUCGUUGAGCAUAAGCAACCCUUUUGAGGAGAUGAACAAUCCUGAUGAGAUAAAUCAGACCAAUAAGCAUGUUAAGACAGAGAGAGAUGAUAAGAAAAUUUUGAAGAUAGUAAGGAAGAAAAGAGAUGAAAACGGUAUCAUUCAAAGGCAGACAAUCUUCAUAAGAGACCCUAGAGUCAUCCAGGGGUACAUGAAAAUUAAAGAGCAGGAUAAGGAAGACGUCAACAAACUAUUAGAAGAAGAUACCUCAAAGAUAAAUAAUAUAGAAGAACUUGAGAAACAGAAAAAACUAUUGCAAUUAGAGCUAGCUAAUCUCGAAAAAUCGCAACAGCGUAGAGCAGCAAGACAAAAUUCGAAGAAAAAUAAUGGUUCCACAAAGAUAGAAAAUUCUGUGGGUAAUGGUAACGACUUUCCCAGUAUAGCUGAUGGUAAAACAACUAGAAAUAAAAGCAAAAAUACGACAAGAAGAUGCGCCACGUGUGGACAAAUUGGCCACAUCAGAACAAAUAAAUCAUGUCCAAUGUAUAGUAGCAAAGAUGACCCUGUUUCACCUAAAUAG